AUGCCUAAAAACUACAAAAAACGAUCUACCGUCAACAUUGGCCAAGUAAAAGCAAGUUCAACAAAUGAAACCAGCAUUAUUACUUCACUAGAAAAUGAAGUCAAAGAAUUACGCGAAAUGGUGAAUGAACUCUCGAUAUACAAGGAAAUCAUAAAGAAUUAUGAAUCAAAAAUCAAAUCUUUGGAGAGUGAAAAUGCCCAACUUCGUCAAAAACAAGCUUAUGUCGUGAAUAAAAAUAAUGAAUAUAAAAAAAUACUUCAUGAUAAGGUUAAAAAUUUACAGAUGGAAAUGGAAAAUAAAUCAUCUGAAAUCACGGAAACGUCCACGUCUUUAGAUAAAGUAAAAGACGAAAAUAAAAAAUUAAGAGAUGCUUUGAAGAAUAUAGACCAGAAACCUAUUGGGAAGAAUAACGAUUUUGAUGUGAAAUUAAUCGAUUUUGAAUGGUCUGGAGAAGUUGGUUUUACACGUUAUUCUUACUUUAUGAAUUUUGAUAUUCAAUGGCCGGAUGGAGCAGAAGAUGGGGAACUAGUCUCAAAGAACCACGAACUCAUCAUAUUGGAGCAAACCUUUCGAAGGAGUUUAUUAUAA